AUGAGAUUAUUCAACUCAAAUACUGGCCUGGUGUCAUCUGGCAUCAUGUUGCUCGCAUCACUGCCAGCUGCUAUCGCCGACUGCCCGCUUCCGUCGACUUAUAGUUGGACAUCAACCGGCGCUUUGGCAAAUCCCAAGUCCGGAUGGAAGGCACUCAAGGACUUCACUGCAGUGGUUGUCAACAACAAACACGUCGUCUACGGUUCAAACGUUGAUGCAAGUGGUAACUACGGCUCGAUGACCUUCGGCGCCUUUUCGGAUUGGUCUGGCAUGGCAACUGCGAGUCAAGUCCCAACGAGCUUUGCAGCCGUUGCACCGACUUUGUUCUUCUUCCAGCCAAAGAAUGUUUGGGUCCUCGCCUAUCAAUGGGGCUCGAGCACCUUUACCUAUCGAACAUCGACUGAUCCUACCAAUGCCAAUGGAUGGUCAGCUGAGAAACCCCUUUUCUCUGGAAAGAUCGCCGACUCAGGCACUGGCGCCAUUGAUCAGACCCUCAUAGGUGACUCUACCAAUAUGUAUCUUUUCUUUGCAGGAGACAAUGGCAAAAUCUAUCGCGCCAGUAUGCCAAUCAAUAAUUUCCCCGGCAACUUCGGAACGAAUUCUGAGGUGAUCCUAAGUGACACCCAGAGCAACCUGUUCGAGGCAGUUCAAGUGUACACUGUCAAGGGUCAGAACAAGUACCUAAUGAUUGUUGAGGCAAUGGGAGCCCAGGGGCGGUACUUCCGUUCGUUCACCUCCGACAGUCUCGGUGGCAAAUGGACACUGCAAGCAGGGGCCGAGAGCAAGCCCUUCGCCGGAAAAGCCAACAGCGAUGCAACCUGGACCAACGAUGUCAGUCACGGUGAUUUGAUUAGACUCAACCCCGACCAAACAAUGACCGUUGAUCCAUGCAACCUACAACUCCUCUACCAGGGGCGGGACCCGAAAGCCGGUGGUGACUACAAUCUCCUACCGUGGAAGCCUGCCGUGCUUACCCUGAAGAAAUAA